AUGACGGUGCUGCAGGAACCCGUCCAGGCUGCUAUAUGGCAAGCACUAAACCAUUAUGCUUACCGAGAUGCAGUUUUCCUUGCAGAACGACUAUAUGCAGAAGUACACUCAGAAGAAGCUUUGUUUUUACUGGCAACCUGUUAUUAUCGCUCAGGAAAGGCAUAUAAAGCAUAUAGACUCUUGAAAGGACACAGUUGUACUACACCACAAUGUAAAUACCUGCUUGCAAAAUGUUGUGUUGAUCUCAGCAAGCUUGCUGAAGGGGAACAGAUCUUAUCUGGUGGAGUGUUUAAUAAACAGAAAAGCCAUGAUGAUAUUGUUACUGAGUUUGGUGAUUCAGCUUGCUUUACUCUUUCAUUGUUGGGACAUAUAUAUUGCAAAACAGAUCGGCUUGCCAAAGGAUCAGAAUGUUACCAAAAGAGCCUUAGUUUAAAUCCUUUCCUCUGGUCCCCCUUUGAAUCAUUAUGUGAAAUAGGUGAAAAGCCAGAUCCUGACCAAACAUUUAAAUUAACCUCUUUACAGAACUUUAGCAACUGUCUGCCCAACUCUUGCACAACAGUAGUAUCUAAUCAUAAUUUAUCUCACAGACAACCUGAGACGGUUCUUACAGAAACACCCCAGGACACAAUUGAAUUAAACAGACUGAAUUUAGAAUCUUCCAAUUCAAAGUAUUCCUUGAAUACAGAUUCCUCAGUGUCUUAUAUUGAUUCAGCUGUAAUUUCACCAGAUACUGUCCCUCUUGGAACAGGAACUUCUAUAUUAUCUAAACAGGUUCAAAAUAAACCAAAAACUGGUCGAAGCUUAUUAGGAGGACCAGCUGCUCUUAGCCCAUUAACGCCCAGUUUUGGGAUUUUGCCAUUAGAAACCCCAAGUCCUGGAGAUGGAUCCUAUUUACAAAACUACACUAAUACAUCUUCUGUAAUUGAUGUGCCACCCACCGGAGCCCCUACAAAAAAGUCUGUUGCCAGAAUCGGCCAAACUGGAACAAAAUCUGUCUUCUCACAGAGUGGAAAUAGUCGAGAGGUAACUCCAGUUCUUGUUGCACAAACACAAAGUUCUGGCCCACAAACAAGUACGACACCUCAGGUAUUGAGCCCCACUAUCGCAUCUCCCCCAAAUGCACUGCCUCGAAGAAGUUCACGACUUUUUACUAGUGACAGCUCUACAACCAAGGAGAAUAGCAAAAAAUUAAAAAUGAAGUUUCCACCUAAAAUCCCAAACAGAAAAACAAAAAGUAAAACUAAUAAAGGAGGAAUAACUCAACCUAACAUAAAUGAUAGCCUGGAAAUUACAAAAUUGGAUUCUUCCAUCAUUUCAGAAGGGAAAAUUUCUACAAUUACACCUCAGAUCCAGGCAUUUAAUCUACAGAAAGCAGCAGCAGAAGGUUUGAUGAGCCUUCUUCGUGAAAUGGGAAAAGGUUAUUUAGCUUUGUGUUCAUACAACUGCAAAGAAGCUAUAAAUAUCUUGAGCCACCUACCUUCUCAUCACUACAAUACUGGUUGGGUACUGUGCCAAAUUGGAAGGGCCUAUUUUGAACUUUCAGAGUACAUGCAAGCUGAAAGGAUAUUCUCAGAGGUUAGAAGAAUUGAGAAUUACAGAGUUGAAGGCAUGGAGAUCUACUCUACAACACUGUGGCAUCUUCAAAAGGAUGUUGCUCUUUCAGUACUUUCAAAAGACUUAACAGACAUGGAUAAAAAUUCACCAGAGGCCUGGUGUGCUGCAGGGAACUGUUUCAGUUUGCAACGGGAACAUGAUAUUGCAAUUAAAUUCUUCCAGAGAGCUAUCCAGGUUGAUCCAAAUUAUGCUUAUGCCUAUACUCUAUUAGGGCAUGAGUUUGUCUUAACUGAAGAAUUAGACAAAGCAUUAGCUUGUUUUCGAAAUGCUAUCAGAGUCAAUCCUAGACAUUAUAAUGCAUGGUAUGGUUUAGGAAUGAUUUAUUAUAAGCAAGAAAAAUUCAGCCUUGCAGAAAUGCAUUUCCAGAAAGCACUUGAUAUCAACCCUCAAAGUUCAGUUUUACUUUGCCACAUUGGAGUAGUUCAGCAUGCACUGAAAAAAUCUGAGAAGGCUUUGGAUACUCUAAACAAAGCCAUUGUUAUUGAUCCUAAGAACCCUCUAUGCAAAUUUCACAGAGCCUCAGUUUUAUUUGCGAAUGAAAAAUAUAAGUCUGCUUUACAAGAACUUGAAGAAUUGAAACAAAUUGUUCCCAAAGAAUCCCUUGUAUACUUCUUAAUAGGAAAGGUUUAUAAGAAGUUAGGUCAGACACACCUCGCCCUGAUGAAUUUCUCUUGGGCUAUGGAUUUAGAUCCUAAAGGAGCCAAUAACCAGAUUAAAGAGGCAAUUGAUAAGCGUUACCUUCCAGAUGAUGAGGAGCCAAUAACCCAAGAAGAACAGAUCAUGGGAACUGAUGAAUCCCAGGAGAGCAGCAUGACAGAUGCGGACGACACACAACUUCAUGCAGCUGAAAGUGAUGAAUUUUAA